CAGAGGCAAUUCCCCCACGCACACAAAAAAAAACUGAGUAAGAGCAAAAGGCACCUCACCAACCGCAACCAUGAACGGGACAGAAGGCCAAGACUUCUACGUGCCCAUGUCCAACAAGACCGGGGUGGUGCGGAGCCCCUUCGAGUACCCCCAGUACUACCUGGCUGAGCCCUGGAAGUUCUCGGCGCUGGCUGCCUACAUGUUCAUGCUGAUCCUGCUCGGCUUCCCCAUCAACUUCCUCACGCUGUAUGUCACCAUCCAGCACAAGAAGCUCCGGACACCUCUAAACUACAUCCUCCUGAACCUGGCAGUCGCCGACCUCUUCAUGGUGUUUGGAGGCUUCACGACCACCAUGUACACUUCGAUGAAUGGGUACUUUGUCUUUGGAGUAACAGGGUGCUACAUCGAAGGCUUCUUUGCUACACUGGGUGGUGAAAUUGCGCUCUGGUCCCUGGUCGUGCUGGCUAUCGAGCGGUACGUGGUGGUCUGCAAGCCCAUGAGCAACUUCCGCUUCGGGGAGAACCACGCCAUCAUGGGGGUCGUCUUCACCUGGAUCAUGGCCCUGGCGUGCGCGGCUCCCCCGCUCUUCGGCUGGUCACGGUACAUCCCCGAGGGCAUGCAGUGCUCGUGCGGGAUUGACUACUACACGCUGAAGCCUGAGGUCAACAACGAAUCUUUCGUCAUCUACAUGUUUGUGGUUCACUUCACGAUCCCGCUGAUGGUCAUAUUCUUCUGCUACGGGAACCUGGUCUGCACCGUGAAGGAGGCUGCCGCCCAGCAGCAGGAGUCUGCCACCACCCAGAAGGCAGAGAAGGAAGUGACCCGCAUGGUCAUCAUCAUGGUCAUCGCCUUCCUGAUCUGCUGGGUCCCCUACGCCAGCGUCGCUUUCUACAUCUUCACCAACCAGGGCUCAGACUUCGGGCCCAUCUUCAUGACCAUCCCGGCAUUCUUUGCCAAGAGCUCUGCCAUCUAUAACCCCGUGAUUUACAUUGUAAUGAACAAACAGUUCCGUAACUGCAUGAUCACAACCCUCUGCUGCGGCAAGAAUCCGCUGGGUGACGAGGACACAUCUGCUGGCAAGACAGAGACCUCCUCCGUCUCCACCAGCCAGGUCUCCCCCGCGUAGGUCCCGCCGGAGCGGCCGGCCCUCAGGGUGUGCGUCGCCGCCCUGCCAGCAUGAACCUAGUCCCACCACUGCCAUCGCCUGCCCCCGCUUCACCACGGCCCUGCAGGGCGGGCUUCUCUCUCCUGACGAUAGGAACCCUGGGAACAAGGCUGUGAA